UUUUUGCUCGAAUGCAAAAAUGAAGCUUUUUUCAAACUUUUGAACCAUUCCCAACCAAUCUCAACGAGUGUGUGUGAGUUGUAUUUUCUGUGAUAUUGAUAUCUAGUGAAAACCGUACAGAUCAUAGCGAUGUCUUCCACCAACGUUCCCAAAAAGGCUCCUCGUGAGCCGAAAGUGUUGCUGCGAAGCACUUCGUUCCAGAAGCUUUGUUCCGUAUCGUACAACUUCAAAAUAGAAGCAAUUCAAUCGUAUAAGGAACACAUCAAAACGGUUAUAAAACUCCUGAAGAUUGCAACCCGUGUGUACGUUAUCUCGGUUUAUUUCAAAUUUAUAACCACCGUCCUCUUCAACGAGUUCGUUGUGAAGCUGUACACCCAACUAAAGAAAAACUACACCACUGCAAACGAAGCAUCCUACCCAUCUAAGCUGGACUUUGAGCACAGUGCUCCACCACAAUCCCGCGGGCCAAUUGUUUCGAAUUUUAUUUCGCACUACAAAACUUUCGUUCAAACAAUCCUGGCAUACACCUGUAUCGGGUACAUUGGACUGGAAAUCAUUUCGCUGGUAACAACACUUUGGUUAGCUUCGAACAUACCGCUUGGUCUCGUGUUUCUCAUGCUGGACUUGAGCUACAUAGGAUUCAUUAUGUGUAAGAUUGCUUUGCACUAAAGGCAUGAGCUAA